AUGAUACUUGUUUUUCCUGUGAUUAAAGCAUUGGGUUUCCCUUCAGCCAUGGCUUCCAUGGCUGAAGCGUCAGCAGCAGCACCGGCGUCAGAAGCGGCAAUGGACUGUGCUGCAGCCAUGCAGCCUUCCACUGAGGCGUUCUCUUAUCGGAUCGGAGGCAUGCUGGGCAUCCUCGUUAGUAGCAUCAUCGGCUUCUCCCUGCCAUUCCUGCUGCGCGGGCGCCACAAGACGCUGCUCUUCUUCUUCCGGGCCAUGGCUGCUGGCAUCGUGCUAGCCGUUGCCAUCGUGCACAUCUUCCCUGGCGCACAGGAGGCCCUUUCAAACCCGUGCCUGGACAUCUCCUCCUCGUCCUUCCCCUGGGCGCCAGUCUUCAUCCUCUUCUCAGCGCUCUGCUCCUUCCUCGUGGAGUGCUACCUCAAGAAGCUCCUCCUCUUCUCCUGGCGCCGCAGACACCCCUCCGCUGCUGCUGCUGCAUCUGCCGCUGGUUCUGCUGGUUCUAUUGGUUCUGCUGGUGGGAGCAGCAGGAGUGGCGGUAAGACGCGGAGGCUGGGUGCGGGUGGUGUGGGGCGCGUGGCACGAGCUGUUGCUGCGUUGCUGGCUGGCGGGAGGAGGAGGAAGGGAGUGGAAAUUAGCAAAGGCGGCAUCAGCGGUGGCAGCGGCAGUGGCCGGGGAAGCAGCAAGAGGGAUGGGAGGUUGAGGGAAGAUGGGAAGCAGCAGAAGGCAUGGCAAACGGAUGGGGGAAGCAACCCCCCUGAUGUGGCAUGCCAUGCUUCCCCCCCGUGCUGUGAUGCCCCAUGCAGUGCUGCUGCUGUUGCUUGUCAUGAUAAGGCAUGCCACGAUCCCACAUGCCAUGACACCCCAUGCCACGAAGUGGUGUGUCACGAUGCCACCUGUCAUGAUGCCACGUGUCCGGAUGUGACUUGCCCCGAAUGCCCGGAAUCCACCUGUCACAGCACUGCAUGCCACGAGAUCACAUGCCAUGUCGCCACCUGUCAUGAAACCACCUGCCAAGGUAGCACGUGCCCAGACACAACCUGUCCAGAUAACACCUGCCGUGGCGUCACCUGCAUGGAAGCCACCUGUCCCUCUGCUGCCUGUGUUCAAUCCCAGUGUGUUAGGACCAAGUGUGCGGAUUCCACUUGCACCGACGCUAAGUGCAUGGAAGCCAAGUGCACCGACACGCAGUGCUUAGCUAAGUGCCCCUCGUGCCCCGACUGCGCCCUGGACGUGAGAGGAGGGGAGGAGGAGAAGGCAGCAAUGAAAACCGGGAAAGCUGAGUGGGAGGAGCAGGAAGGGCGGGAGGAGAGUGAGGAGAGGCGGAUGCGGGAAGCAGUGGCGCUGUCGUCGCUGCGAGCAGUGGCGUACACGCUAGAGGCCGGUAUCAUCUUCCACUCCAUCUUCAUUGGGAUCGCCCUCGGUGCCAACCAUGACAGCGCCGAGAUCCAGGGGCUUGCCAUCGCCCUCGUCUUCCACCAGGGCUUUGAGGGCAUAAGUCUUGGUACUGCGGUUGCCCCAUGCCGCUUCUCGCUUCUCAAGACCCUGUGCAUGGGGCUGCUUUUUGCAUUCACCACGCCUCUUGGUGUGGCUAUAGGGUUGGCCGUCCAUUCUUCUUAUAACUCCAACAGCCAGGCUGCUCUUGCGACCGAGGGCGUGUUCAAUGCCGUGUCGGCCGGCAUCCUCAUUUACAACGGACUCGUCGACUUGUUAGUGCCGACGUUCGACGAGCACGACGAGAACACUCCCAAGGAUCCGCGUCGGCGGUUUCCAAGAGCGAAAAUGGGGAGCGGCGCGGGCCGAGGGAGGAAAGGCGGACCGACGGGUCGUCGACACUUUUCGACGGUCGAGGAAAUGAAGUCAGGCACGUCAUCCGAGCCUAAGUGGAAGCAGCGGCGGAAUCGGGACCAGGAGGACGAUCCGGAGGAGGAAGGGGAGGAGGAGAGCAGUGAGGAGGAAUCGGAAGAGGAAGAGGAGGAGGAGGAGAAGCGCAAGGGCGUGGCAGGGCUGAUUGCCGUCGAAAAUCCCAAUGCGCCCAGAAAGGCCGCUGUCAAGGUGUCCCAGGCGGAUACCAGUGCCUCCACGCAACUCUCUCGCCGUGAAAGGGAGGAGAUAGAGAAGGAGAGGGCGAAGGAGCGAUUCAUGAAGCUGCAGGAGCAGGGCAAAACAGAGCAGUCUAGAAAGGAUCUUGAGCGCUUGGCUCUUAUUCGGCAGCAAAGGGAAGAGGCAGCGAAGAAGAAAGAGGAGGAGCGCUUGGCAAAGGAGGCCAAAAAACUAGAAGCUCUGGCGGUUAAGAGGGGGAGGGAGGAAGAAGAACGGCUGAUUCAUGACAUCUAUUUCAAGGCUGAGAAUGGCAAGCUUUGGAGCAGGUCGACACAGAGGCUAUCAAGGCGAAGAGAAAACUCCAACCGCCCCCUUGCCUCUGGCUCCUCCUUUCUUCUGACCCCAAUCCCCUGUUUUGGCCUCGCUACAACGGCCUUCACCCCACUGCGUGUUUGUACCCUCAAGGUGCUGACGUCAUCAGGGUUCGAGGUUGAGUCAGCAGUGAAUCCACUUCAGUGCCAGCAGGGCGUGGUUUUCUAUGGCCGCCUCUCUGCACCUGCUCCCUCUGUGUACUCCACUAUUCAAGCUCGUCUAGACACCUCAUUCCCCGGCUUCUGCGCAGUACUCGCUAGAGAUGACAUCAUCCGGCCGGCAAUCAGCGUCCUUAUUGCCCCACGGCAACACCUCCUCUCCUUCUCCCUCCCCCGCCCCGUCUUCGCCUUCAUUUCCUCCCUCACUCUCUCCCUCUCCCUCCUCAUCCUCACCUCCUCUCUCUCUGUCGACCCCACACUCUCUCCCACCACCUCUCCUCUCCUCACUGCUGCCGCUGUGCCACUUGGCGUGCUCUUAGUGGCUGCUGCCGGUGCUGGGGGCAGGUCUAUAGCAGCACGGCAACAUGGGGUAUUACAAGCCCUAGAUACGCCCCUCCCUCUACCCUCCCCUGCCUUUGGGUUAUUUGGAGUUUUAUCCCCGUACAAAGGGUUACUUCCAAACCGUACCGUGCUCCUUGACCUGUCUCUCAGCAGUGCCAUUGCCUCCUUCUCCGCAUCUGCUGUUCUAAUCCUUCUCGGCCUCCUACAAUCUGAUACAAUCACUCCUGAUGUAGUCACCGUUCCUGCUUCCACCUUCUCACACUCCCAUGUCCUCUCCUCUCUUGCCUCUGACCUAGCAUCGGCCGUACUCGUUACUAGCCCCGACUCGCUACAGCCUACAGUAUACACGGGCGCUUCUACAGUGGAUCUCGCAAUAAACCCUCUCAUUCUAGCCGGAUUGCUCGGUAUCAACCUCUCAUCCCUCUCCUUGCUACCUGUGGGUAUUCUGGAUGGGGGUCGGAUAAUCAUAGCGCUGUUUGGAAGGAAGCAGCAGCAUGCAGUGUCCAUGGGUGUGCUAGCAGCAGCAGCGGUUUCCCUUGUGCUCAGACCAGACGGUCGGGAAAAUGCAGCAACAUUGCUUGUGUUGGCGAUGGUUCUGCUGAAGCGAGAUGAUUGGUUUCAACGAGAAGAGGUUUCGGAGCCGUCAGGAGUGAGGAAGCUGGUUGCUGGUGCGCUUGUAGCUGCUUCGAUAUUGAUAUUGUGGCCUUGA